ACGCAAAACGGGCGCCGAGCGUCUUGCGUUGGUGCCAUAGAGUUUCUCACUAUAUGUAGUGAGAAACUCUAUGGUUGGUGCAGUACAGGCUAUGGUACAGGUGUUCCGUGGCUGCUCUCCGUAGCGCGAUGUGCGGAGCCCGCCGCUUCCACCCUGUGACACGGCAAUGGACACGGUGACACCUCGUCGCCUGCGCAGUACAACAGCUUCAACAUGCAUCAGCAGUGCUUACGCGCUGCCUACCGCUUCGCUUGCGAUGACAGCACUAAGCGGCACAGAAAGGCAACGACGUCGACGGGCGAGGCUCGCAUUGGUCCGGCGAGAGACACGCCAGCGUGAAUGCCUUCGCGCGUUCGCGGCGCACGCUGCGUGUGCCACUUGCAUUUCCGGAGCUGAGCGCGUCGCAACUCAACUAGCUGCCGAAGACACUACGGAGCCGGGCCAAAAUGCUCGUGUCUUCGCCGAAGCGACUCAGCAGGACGCCGUGCACCAACCAAACCUGCAACACGGUCGUCAACCUGCAAAUCAGGCGACGUUCGCUGCAUCGGACCGCCUCACAAAUGCAACGAGCCUAGCUGAACGUAUCACUGUUGCCAAAGCAGCAUGUCAUGCCCCUUCCAAAGUUGUUGGUCAGGUCGAGGUUGGCACGCAGUGCAGCUUGCCUCUGGCUGACAAGUCUGUUGGAUGCUCCUUCAAAGCAGGCAGUGAAUCGAGGAGCGUGCAGGCAACAGAGGCUGUGGAUCAGUCAAGCUCCACCUCAGCAUCGAGGCCUUCUAUUUCUCCAUCAACUGCCAAAUCUGACAACACGCGGCAAGGAUGCCUCCACCGAUGUCAUCUCUGUGACUAUGCGACUGAUAAACUGUUUCGUCUGGAAGCACACACGAAGGUCCAUACUGGCAAGCAUCUGUUUCAAUGUCAUUUGUGCCCUUUGAGCUUCUCAAAAAGGAACACCCUGCACAGGCACCUGUUCAUCCAUACUGGCAAGCAUCUGUUUAAAUGCCCUUCAUGUCCUCGGAGCUUUUCAAAAAAAGUUGCCCUGAACAGGCACCUGUACGUUCACGGGGGGGAGCGACCAUUUCAGUGCUCUUUGUGCCUUCAGAGUUUCUCACAAAAGAGCCACCUGAAAGAGCACCUGCGCACCCACACAGGUGAGAAGCCAUUUCAGUGCCCUUCAUGUCCUCAGAGCUUCUCGCAUAAGUCCAGCAUGAAGCACCAUCUGCGCACCCACACAGGUGAGAAGCCAUUUCAUUGCCCUUCAUGCCCUCAGAGCUUCUCGCAUAAGUCCAGCAUGAAGAAACACCUGCGCACUCACACAGGUGAGAAGCCAUUUCAAUGCCCUUCAUGCCCUAGAUGCUUCUCUCGCAAGUCCAUCAUGAAAGAACACUUGCGCACCCACACAGGCGAGAAGCCAUUUCAAUGUCCUUCAUGUCCGUGGAGCUUCUCACGCAAGUGCAGCAUGAAGGAACACCUGCGCACCCACACAGGCGAGAAGCCAUUUCAAUGCCCUUCAUGCCCUCAGAGCUUCUCACGCAAGUCCAGCAUGAAGGAACACCUGCGCAUUCAUACAGGUGUGCGACCCUACCGUUGCACCGUCUGCUCAGAGUCCUUUGUGCGGGCUGAUUACUUGAGCAGACAUAAGAGAACGCAGCACCACAGUACUGUAGAUCAGGUCAACUUUCUUGCAUAAGUAUAACAUGACCACCUGCGCAUUCAUACAGGUGACUGACCACGCCUGUUGCACCAUCUGCUCCAAAUGUUCUUUGCACUGGCUGGUUGCUUGUGCAGACAUAAAAGAACACAGCACCAUGAUAUUGUAGAGUACUUCAACAGAUAUGUUGCACUAUUGUUUGAAUUAGCAAUCUACAAACAUGUAGCGUGCUGCAUGGUGUUCUGCUGCACCAAGUAGCACAAGUGUUUCCAUAUGCUCCCUCUAACCCUUAUUUGGAAAUCGCGGUAGGAGAAAAUGUGUUGAAUUGCUGUGAAACCUACAGAUCCUGUGGUGCUCUUGUUGGAAAAAUGCAUGACACUACCGUUAAGAUGUACUGUUGUUUGACAACACUGUAUAGGUAUUGCAGGGAGCCAACUUUCAAUAUGUUUUUCUCCCUUAAAAAAAUACUCCGACUAAACUUCCUCAAGCAUAACAAAGUAUGACACCAUCUUCAUGCCUACUGCUGCAUGCACUACAUAUCAUUGGUAUAUUUAUAUGAAAUGCAAUAAUGUGCAAUUUACUGACAAAAGCACCAUUUUCUUAAAUUUUGGUGUACAUUUUCUCUACUUUUGAUUAGCAUUAUGAAACAUUGUUCCAGCGCACAUUUGGACACGGACGAGGAGAGAAAGAGUCCAAAUGUGCGCUGGAACAAUGUUUCAUAAUGCUAAUCAUAACCAACUAGCCCAGCUGUCCAUACUUAGCUACUUUUGAUGUUGGUUGCACGCCAAAGCACUUUUCGCAAAUUGUCUACGAAUGUCAGAUAACAAAACAACAGUGAACAAAGCAAAAAUUUAUAUGUAAAAAAAAAACACAUAUUCCCUGGAACGUGCAUUUUGGUUCGGGAAUGAACACAGCAAAAAUAAAAUUGCCUACCUCUCUGGACGCUGUCUGGUCGUACCGUGGCCCGUUGCUGGCUUAGCAGUACUGCAUUUAGAAGUAUGAUGUUGUGGGAUAGAAUCUCUGCUGCGACAACCCUGUUGCAAUGCAAGUGAAAUGCAAAAAUGCCCGCGUCCCGUGCAUUGGGGGGGCACGUUAAAGAUCUCCAGGUGGUCAAAAUUAAUAUGGAGUCCCCCACUACAGCGUGCCUCGUGAUGAGAGCGUGGUUUUGGCAUGUAAAACUCCAGAAUUCAAUUUAAUUCUGGUUGUACCAUGCUGUAACAUUUUGGAAUUCAGAAACAGAGGAAGGUAGUCUUUUUAUGUCUUAGGUGCCUGGCAUAGGUACGCUGCACUGGUCCCACAUACAACUGCAAAGUGAAUCCCGGCGGAUGAUUGAAUGAUUGAAGUGCGAAAUUAAUAAAUAAACAUUUCAAGAGAACCCAUCUCAUGAUUACUCAAUGUGAAUGUGAUUAUAUUAGCGUUCAAGCAGUUUAGUUAUGCAUCGUAUUGCCGAAGACACCUGUAUUUCCGAUCUGUAGUGGUUGUUCUGAAUUUUCCAUUCUGUUGGCUAUGUGCUAUAUACAGUCUCUGGGAUUAAUCUAGUUUUCAAUGACAUGCUCGCCAGGGUUUGGCAUGAUGGUGGCGCAGUGAUCAUGGAAGGAUGAAGAAUGAAUGAAGUCGAUCGAACGAUGAAGGCGCUAUGACAAGUAUGUGAUGAUGACAAUGGAAUGACAAUUCUGAAAUGAUGACAAUGAUAUAACGAGGACAAUGUGACAAUGACGGCACAGCAACAACAGAAUGAGGAGCAUGUAAUUUCAGUGACAUGAUUAAUGCAUGACCAUGACAGCGUCACGACAGUGGUGCAACAAGAAUUGGAUGCAUGAUGAGAGUUGUAUAAUGAUGGAAUGACCACAAUGGCAUCACGACCACGAGCACAUACCUAGUGGCCAAAGCUGCAAUCCUUUCUACUUGUUUUCCUUGCCUCACCACAAAAAUCUACUUUGUACAUGUCAUGAUUGCACAACCACUGCAAAUGUUACUGCACAAAGCAGCUAUGAAGCAGGAAACUGGCCAGUGACUGUUUCCGUAAGUUCGCAGUCUGUUACCAUUGGAUGGAUUUGCAUGCAGUCGCUCUGACAUCAGUGUCGAAUGCAAGAUGUUGUCCAACUCGUGCUUUUGUCUAGGCAACAAAAAGAAGCAGAAUUUGCUGAUUUCUGACAAAGCAGAAGUGAUUUCUUCCCAUUUGUUUACCAGUUCCAAGCAAGCCAAGGAGUGCCAUGCCGAUAUGAAGUAACUGAUGUCAGCUUGUUGAAACCACUGCAAAAGUUGACUGACAUGUCCAUGCUUGCCUGCGAUUUGUGUAAUGGGUUGAAGAUGUGUGGACUAGAUAUUCGUGAAGCAGUUGAAGAGAUGCAACUUGCAAGGUAAUACAUAGUACUAUGGAAUGCAAGUUAUGUUGUUGAGAGUGAGGUUCUUGGUACACUGUACCUGACUGUGUGUCCUUGGCUCCCUUUUAGAGUACUAUAUCGCACUGCAGUGCAGUGCUGAGCAAUAGGCUAUUACUUCGAUUUUUCCUCCUGCUUGCGUAAGCUGCGAAUUUUCCCAGUUUUUCUUUUUUCUUCAUGACUGGCCCAAUCUUUUUGACAUUGUGAAAAACAUCUUGUAAAAUCGGUUGCUGUCUUUUCACAUUUUUUAGUCAAAGAAUUUUCACUGUAUAAAUCAUGGGAAAACAUGGAAAAGGCAGGGAAUUUAAAAAAAAAAAAAAAAGGAUUUGCGAGACACCCAGUUUACAUACACAGCAAAGAACACCUGGCAGUCAAAAUUAUUUCGUAGCUUCCUACUACAACAUGCCUCGCAAUCAGACUGGCUUUGGCACUUAAAACCCCAAAAUUAAUGUUUUCGGUUACUAAAAAGCAGGGGUGUCUAAAUAUUAAAUUUUCGAUUUUGAAGCAAUUUCGAAUAAUGAAAACCAAGUGCGAAUUGCAUCAAAUAUUUUUCGAGCACGACUACUAUUGUUUUUGCAAAAACGCUUUCUUUUCACCAACCAGAGGUACAGGAAAAUUAUGGCAUAACUCAUCUCUCGAUGACUUGAUAGUAUUAUUCGAGCGAUGCAGCAACCCACCAUAUUUCUAAUGUCGCGCUUAUUGAACAUCCAUAGUGGUCAUUUUGAGACUUCCAUUGCUUCGGCUAUAUGCGACUUCUGCAUCGUCUUGCGUACUAUGGUCCUGACUUGCAAAGGUUGUCCAUGAGCAUGAGGGCAUGAAAACGACUGUAGGAUGCCGACGCAGUGACAACGAUAGAAUGGCAAAGAAGGAAUGAUGAUAGAAUCACAAAGGCGAUAUGACAACAGUAUGAUGGCAAUUGCUGAAUGGCAGCAGCAUGACAACAUGAUGACAAUGGGAUGAGAAUGACGGCAUGACCACAGUGGCAUAACAGCACCGUUAUUUCAAUGAAUGCAUGAUAGCGGCUGUCUGAUUGCACCAUGAUGAUGAUGUGACAAUGGUAGCAUAAUGGCGUUUGAAUGAUGAAGAAGGAAUGAUGUUGAGAAUCGAUGAAUGCAGUAUGAAGACUACUGCGGCAUGAUGACAAUACGAUGAUAUUUCUCAGGUGAUGACAAUAGUAAAACGACAGCGUUAUGACCACAAUGGUAUGUCGACUGUGUGACGAUGAUAGCAUGACGCGGAUGGAAUAUCGAAGUUAUAGUGAUUGUCACUAUAACUGUCACUAUAAAGAUGGGCCGACCAGGAUGGCAUUGUGAUGAAGGUAUUACAAAAAUGCAUGUCAACAAAGCAAUGACAACAAUAGGAUAACGGUUAGCACAUGGCAACAAUGGUGUGACGAUGACCUGUAUUACAGCCUGUAUUACAACGAUGGCAUGACGACAAUGACAUGAGGAGAGUAUGAUGACGAAGCUGGAGUGUCGACGAUGGCAUGACCACAACAGCAUGACAUUGAUGGCAUAAUCAUGACUGAAUGAUGACAGAAUUAUUACGAUAGAAUGACGAAAAAGAAAUUGCGACAAUAAAAUGAAGGCAUUAUGACGAUGAUGUAACGACAAUGACAUGACAAAAGUCGGAUUACGAAGUUAGAAUGAUGACGAUAGAAUGACUGUGACAGCAUCUGUACAUCUGCAUUUGUGUGCUAGGGAAGGCAUGGAAUAGAGAGUUUCUCCAAAAAGUUGGGCUUCAUUGUAGAAGUUUGAGGUGGCAUGAAUGAAGGCGAAGAAUUGCUGCAGAAUCCAUCUCAUGAUGUCUGUCAACGCCAAUGCGUUAGCAUUGAAUCAAUGUAGUGACACAACAUAUUGCCACCGUGCAAAACAAGUUAUCUAUGAAGCAUGUACUGCAGUGGGACUCCUUUUUCACCCUUCUGUAAGCCCACUUGGCGCCCUCUAGCGCCACCACUGCAGAGCGUGCACGCAGCCUCCAAAAUUAUGGUGCACAAGUGCGUGCAAAUGCUGAGAACUGCAUCAUGCAGCAACCAGACUCCUCUCUCGCGCUUCUUUCUGGAUGUGCUGUGCCAUCUAACGACACUGCCAAGAAGUCCGCAUGUGGCCUCCGAGACGAGAAGCAUGGCACGCCGGUACCUGAAAAUGCCAAGAAUUGUUCCCUUGCUUGCCGCAUCCUCAGUGGCACAUACUCAGUGAAUCAAGUUGCCGAGAGGUUCAUUGAAGUGGCACACACCCAUUGCAUUCAUGGUGCAGCUUGCUAAAGUGUUGGCAUGAAAGGUGUUCAUUGAAAAGAGGCACAUAUCCAGUGCACUUGUGGUGUAGCCUUCUAAUGCAUCCUGUUACUGUCCUUAAAGAACCUUUGUGAUGUGGGUUCAAUUCCGCUCAGCAUCGAAGAAAUUUAAGUGAUAUUUUUUGUCAUUCGAAAGUACCACAUUCCCAGUGGCGUAUACGUAGUUACCCAAGUUGGCGUCAGAUGUUCAUUGAAGUGCGGCAAACACCUAAUGGCACGUAACCAGUGACACACACUGGCAUGCCAUGCAUUUCGGAGGCCGUGUGUAGGCUUUGCGGUGGCGGCAUCUGAUAGCGCAGUGUUCUUGGGGAAGCGUAAAAGAGUAGUCCCGCUGCAGUAUAUGCCUCAUACAUAAAUCGUUUUGAUGGUGGCACUACAUGUGUUGCUAUAUUGAUUCAAUGGUAACACAUUACCGUUGACAGUCAUCGUGAGAUGAGUUCUGCCACAUUUUAUUUUCAUUAAUAAACUUGCAGUUGUGAAUCAGUGUUUGUGUGUGUGCCUUAAUUUCCUUAUGUGAUGUUGUGCUGUGUUGUUUAGCUGAUGUCAUUUUUCAGCGGCAAUGCCGAUGUCACUGUUAUUGAUUUUCAGUGUUUUAAACUAUAAUGGUGUGCCCAACACAAUACAGAAAAAGUGAAAUAAAUGGAUACAAUAUGCA